AUGACAGACAAACUUCGAGCUCUUACAAUAGACAGGUAUGGUGAUAUAAAUUCCAUGACUGUAAAAGAGUUAAAAAUCCCUAAAGACAUCCCUGAGAACUUUGUAUUGAUUAGAAACGAAUUUGCAAGCCUACACCCAGCAGAUGAAUACAUUUACAUGGGCAAUUUUUCAGAGUUAAGACUGUCCCAUAACACUUUAGGUUUAAAUGGAAGUGGAACUGUAAUAAAGUCAGGGGGCGGAGUUUUAGCUAACUCCUUGCUAAAUAAACGUGUCACUUUUAUGACCUAUGGCCCUAAUAAUACAGGAUCUUUUGCGAAUAUCACGAUUGUUGAUGCAAAUUGUGUAGUUCCAAUACCUGACAGUAUGAAUUUUGAGCAGGCUGCUGGCGCAAUUUAUGCUUUAACUAUUGAAUAUAUGAUGAACAAAAUUAGAAAGGGAAAUCACAGAGCAGUCAUACAAAAUGUGGCUUGUGGGUAUAUAGGGAAAGCUAUGAUUAAAUAUUGCACUCGCAAUGGAAUUUCUAUAAUAAAUAUUGUAAGAAGAAGUAACCAAGCAGAUUUAUUGAGAGAAAUGGGCUGUGAAUAUGUCUUUGACUCAUCAGAAGAAGGCUGGGAAACCAAAGUAAGCCUAUUAGCGAAAACUCUUAAAGCUACAAUUGCAUUUGACGGAGUAGCAGGAGAAAUGACCGGGAUUCUUUAUGAUUGCUUGUGUGAGCCUGGCGUUUUAUAUGUUUAUGGGCUUCUAUCAAAUCAGCCAUGCUUGAUAAAUCCUAUGAGCUUAAUAAAGGAAAAAAAGAUAAAAGGGCUAACUCUAUUUGGAUGGCUAAAUAAACUGUCAAUUCUUAAAAAGACUAAACUAGUUGAAAAAGUAGCAAGACUUUAUGACCAAGUAUUUUUUGUAAAUUAUUGUGCAACAGUUGAUAUUAACACUUUUAAAGACACAUUACAGUGUUAUAGAGAUCGUAAGACAAAUUCUAAAAUUUUACUGAGAACAAGAGGCAUAUAA